AUGGAGGACCUGGCUGACGACUUGCCUGAAUCCUCACCCCGCUUCAUUUUACUCAGCCAUCCACUGACGCUAAGUUCUGGCCGCCUCUCUGUCCCUUAUGUCCUCCUCUACUUCCUCCCCGAGAACUGCAAUCCAUCGCAGCGGAUGAUGUAUGCUGGCGCCGUGGAGCUUAUGCGUAACACUGCGCAGGUAAACCGGGUGGUUGAAGCGCAGAGUGAGGACGAUAUCAUCGACAUCGCAUCUCGGCUAGCCAGCUCUGAGUAA